GACAGGUGUUGCAGAAUAUCAAGCCGAGCAAUUAACAGACAAUAACCAUGUGAUGGGCCUUACAGCAGGUUUCAUUGUCACGACUACUACUACUGCUGUGUUCAUUAGAAAUGAUUAAAGGUUCUUAUGGCGGAGCUUUGGCCAAAAAAACAGAGAAAGAAAACUUAGAAGAAGAAGAAGAAGAAAAAAGCAAAAAAAAUGACAGAGAGCUUAUUCAAAUUCAACAGCAAAUGGGUAUCGACGGUGGCUAGUAUAUGGAUUCAAUGCACAAGUGGGUCACUCUACACCUUCUCCAUCUACUCUCAGGCCAUGAAGGUCACCCAGCACUACGACCAAUCGACCCUCGACACUGUCUCCGUCUUCAAGGAUAUCGGAGUCAACUGUGGUCUCCUCUCCGGUCUUCUCUACUCCUCCGCCACUGCCUCUUCUCGUUCUCGUUCCGGUCCUUGGGUGGUCCUUCUCGCCGGGGCUGUGCAGAGCUUUUUGGGCUACUUACUCAUAUGGGUUUCAGUCGUCGGCCUGAUUCCUCGGCCUCCCGUGCCGGUCAUGUGCCUUUUCAUGCUUAUUGCUGCUCAUGGUCAGUCUUUCUUUAACACUGCUAAUGUCGUCACCGGCGUUAGGAACUUCCCCUUUUACAGCGGAACCAUUGUUGGUAUCAUGAAGGGGUUUCUUGGUCUGAGUGGAGCAAUAUUAGUUCAAAUUUAUGAGACAAUAUUAUACAACAAACCCACCUCAUAUCUUCUCAUGCUGGCACUAUUGCCAACUUUCGAUACUUUGUUGCUAAUGUGGCUCGUGAGAAUCCAUUACACGAGUGAAGGAGUUGACAAGAAGCACCUAAAUGGUUUAUCAUUGAUUGCUCUACUUGUUGCUACUUAUCUUAUGGGACUUAUAAUAGUAGAGCAUGUCCUUACUUUGAGAUUAGUUGUUCGUGUCUUAACACUUGUAGUGCUUAUGCUGUUGCUUGGCUCACCUCUAUGUAUUGCAAUUAGAGCCCAGCAAAGGGACUCUGAUAGGGUUUCACAGACUUCCUUUACUGAAGGGGACCCAUUAAUGGAUGGCUCUGAGCGGUACGAUACUGGAAAAAUGUGUGUAGGAGAAGAUUCUGCUGAGUAUGUUCAUUUUCCUAGCAACACUGACCAAGAAAUAGAUGCUUAUGUUCAUAGGACUUUGCAUUCUGCAGAAAAUCUAAAUCUGUUACAAGCAAUGUGCGUUGUAGACUUCUGGAUUUUGUUCCUUGCCAUGGCAUGUGGUAUGGGGUCAGGGCUCGCCGCAGUGAAUAACAUUAGCCAGAUAGGUGGAUCACUUGGUUACACAAGUUUUCAGACAAGUACGUUGGUUUCCUUGUGGAGCAUUUGGAAUUUUCUUGGCCGCUUUGGAGCUGGUUAUGUAUCGGAUUAUUUCCUGCAUGUGAAAGGAUGGGCAAGGCCAUUGUUCAUGGUUCUCACUCUAGCAGCCAUGAGCAUUGGUCAUCUGGUGAUUGCUUCCGGUUGGCCUGGUGCCCUAUAUGCUGGUUCAGUAUUAGUAGGUGUUUGUUAUGGUUCUCAAUGGUCUUUGAUGCCCACAAUCACUUCUGAGAUUUUUGGUGUGAUACAUAUGGGCACCAUAUUCAACACCAUUACGAUUGCAAGUCCUGUUGGAUCUUAUAUCUUCUCUGUGAGGGUUAUUGGGUACAUCUAUGACCAAGAAGCAUCAGAAGAGAAAGGAAUUAUAUGCACAGGAACUCACUGCUUUAUGCUGUCUUUUCUUAUUAUGGCAUCUGCUACCCUUUUUGGAUCUCUUGCUGCUUUGGUAUUGUUCCUCAGGACAAGAACUUUUUACAGUCAGGUUAUCGUUAGAAGAUUGCUACAUUCUGUGAGAGAGUAAUGACGUUGUUGCAGUUCAGUGGGUAAAAGAACUUUUUGCUGGAUGGUGUACUGCAAAGAUAAUGGUGUGUCAUAAAGUCCCAUUGUCAAACAAUACAAUGAACCACAAGAAGGGGGAUUAUUCUUCAUCUCAAGGUACUGUAAUCACCUCUUUCUGUUAGUCAAUGCAUAUAUGGUGGUUUUUUUCUUGUAAUAUAGUUCAUUUUUUGUUCCUUUUCCUAUAAAGAUGUGGGAGAGAUACUAAUGGCUCUACUUGAAAGUAGGCAGGAAAAGGAUACAAACUAUAUAUGUAAUUUUUGUAUUCAUUUUUUUUUUCUUUUAUAUUUUGUGUAAGUGAUUUAAUGUAUAAAAUCUGUGAGGACGAUAGUAAAUAAAAUAAUGUGUUUAUUUUUUUGGCUGGAAAAUAGAAUGUAAAUAUUAAUAAAUUUUUAUUAUGAAAUCAAUAAGUAAAAGUUAUCAAUUAAAAACAAAAGAGUGAAAAAACUUAAAAGUGUCAUUAAGUCAACUGCAAAAGUUGACAAUUAAAGGGUUAAAAUUAAAACAAAAAAAAAAAAAAAAAAGAAUACCAAACUUUUUUAAACGGCAGUGUGGAGUGAGAUUUAUUCAGUUGGUAAAUCUUCAUCUAUGAUUAGGAAGUCGUAGAUUUGAGACAUUAGGAUGAAAUGGAAAAAUUAUUAUUGGAAAUGAUAAAAAAAAAAAAAACUAUUUUAAACUAUUGUGACAUUGGGAAAGUUAAUGUGUAAUUAUUGUUAUAAAUAUAUUUAUUUUUAUGAAAAUGUGUUACUAUUCUAUUAGUAAGUUUGAAAUAUUAAUAUAAACAAUUAGACCAGCAUUUCUGAAAAUGUUUAUAUUUAUUGUUUGUAGCUUCCCAAACUUGAGGCUUUGCUUCUGCCCUCCUAAUCUCAACCUUUGCUCAUAUACUUCACAAUGCAACUAGGGCUUCUUACAGAACGGCCCUAAUCCUUUGGAUUUGCUCCAAAAUAAGAUUCUCAAAUUUUCUUUAAUUUAUUUUUUUGGACUUUUGAAUGAAACUGUGCUUUUUUUUUUUUUUUGGUCUAGAAGAAACCGUGCCUUUUGUUGAACUACACUGAAAAAAACAUUAACCCAAAAUUCUAUGAGAACAGAAUUUGUAACUAAAUUGAAUGCAGGGGAAAAUGAUAACCUGAUUUGUGGUGGGUCCUUUAAUCAAUUAAUAUUAUCUUUAUAAAAUAAAAAAUCAGUUAAAUUAAAUACGUUAAAUUUCAUUCUUGUGCCUCUAAUUUUUUUUUUUUUUUUUUUUUUUUUUUUUGCGGUUGUAAAUGCAUCUCUAUUUUUGAUAAAUUUCAUUAUAGUUCUCAUUUUGAUUUCAUUUUAGCCCCUUUACGAGUUAAAUUUUAGUCAACUUAUAUAUUUUCACUAUAAUAGCCUUGACCUCUAUUUUAAAAUAUAUAUUUAAAGAAUAAAUGAAAAUAAAUAAAUAUAUAUAAGCUUAGUAAAAUUGGCAUUCUAUUUUACCAAUAUCCUAUUUCAAAAUAGCUGUAACCUCUAUUUAAUAUAUGUGUAUAUAUAUAUAUAUAUAUAUAUUUAAAGAAUAAAUGAAAAAACAAAUAAAUAAAUAUAAGCUAGUAAAAUGAUGACAUUCCAUUUUACUAAUAUCCUAUUUUGUCAAAUGAGUUGGCCUCAAAGACCUUCUUCUCUGCUUUUCUUUGCUUACCUAUAAUCGAAUCAACUUGUAUUAUUACCAUUCCAUGUGGAGACCAAGGCCCUGUUUUUGAAUUCUAUAUUGAAGUUUCUUCAAUCUCGACGUCACACAAUUCAUUUAGACAAGUUGAGGUUGGUUGCUAGGUACAUUAAGUAUUCAAAGUAUAAUCCCUUCAAAGAGCUUAGGUUCGCCAUAUACAGCAACAUCAAAGAGCUUGAGUUGGACUUUUAUGGAAGUAGCAAAUACAUUCAGAAUGUGCCACCAGAACUAUUUUCUUCCAUAACAAUCAAAAGUUUUGACCCUGAUAGGGCUUUCAUUGGAAAAUCAAGAUUUGAUAGUAAGCCGUCCUUCCAUGGAGAAUCUCACUAUCAUGAGCAGCUUCGUUGGAAUUGUUCGUUUGAUGUGUAAUGUUAAACUCAAAGCAGUAAAGAUCCCCAAUUGCAAAGAGAUUCGAGUUGAAGCACCUAUUUUUCAUGUUAUUCUUCAUCACCUUAUAGUAAUAGUCGUAAGUUUGACAUCACCAGCUUAACUGCUCCGAAUCUAUAAGUAUCUAGAAUUGAAUACCAUUCUAUAAGUAAUUUUGGUUUCUUGAGACUUUGAAGUUGAAAGGUAGCUGUGGAUACAAGCAUAUUCAAGUUUUCAACUUGAAUAUCUAUAAGCUUUGGAUUUAGAUUCGGUAGAUUUCACAAAAAUUGAGAUUCAAGCUCCAAGUCUUUUUUCCUUGACUUAUACCUCCUGACAUUAACAUAAGCAGCAGCUCUACACAUCUGAAGCACCUGCAGUUUCAUGGUGACAACAUACUGCCAAGAUGGGAUGCACACAACUUUUCUGAAUUUCGUUUUCUUGAGACUUUGAAGUUAGGAGAUAUCAUCGAAUUGGAGGACAUCAAGAUUGAACUUGAAUAUCUAAAUGCUUGGGAGUUUGUUUCGGUAGAUUUGAUGGAAGUUGAGAUCCAAGCUCCAAAUCUUGUUUCCUUGACUUGUCAAUCCGCAUAUGAAUCUGACGAACCUCCUGAAAUUAACAUAAGCAGCAGCGGCUCUACAAAACUGAAGCCUUGCAGUUUACAGGUUCAUAUGUACCGCUAAGAUGGGUUGCGGACAACGUCUCCGAAUUUUGUUUUCUUGAGAAUUUGGAAGUGGAUACAUCCUGCAGCCAUGCAUUUCCAUUGGAGAAGGUCAAGUUUCAACUCCAAUGCCUAAAUGUUUUUAGCUUGAGUGUUCGUGAUCAAGAAUUGUUUAGAGUUGAGAUUGAAGCUUCAAAUCUGGUUUCUUUCGCAUAUGAAAGUUGGGAUAUUAAUCAGAAAUAUGGCACUUUUUCAUCUCCAAAGCUAAACCUGAUGUCAUUCUAGAUGUGUCGUCUAGUGAACAACAUGAGAAGAUGAAUUUAAUACGUUACAUGGA